CCCCCUUUCUCUUCUCCCGAGCGCAACUUAUCCCCUCCCGAGCGGAGCCGCCAUAGCCGCCACCUCCUCCGCCCCUCUCCUGUGGCUGCCUCCGGCGCCGUGCGCCUCACCCUCCUCCCCAUCUUCUCCAUCGCUACCAACCACCGCCCUCCGCCACCCAAGUCGAGCCGCCGCCGCCCAAGUCGAGCCGCCGCCGCCGGAUCAGCUUGCCGCCCACCUUCUCCCCAUAUGCUCCGUCCAGCCUGCCGCUUCUCUUAACCGCUGCCGGAUCGAGCUCGCCUCGCAGCUGAACGGGGAGAGGGCGGAGGCGGUGAUGGAUUUGGGGAGUAGGAAGAAUUGGGGGGUGUAUACGGGCAUAUUCAUUGUGCUCAUGCUCGUCAUACCCGCUAUCCCGCAUGAUGAGGACUAUCAUGACUUUGCCGACCAACGCACACUUUUCCUUGGGAUCCCUAAUACGCUGAAUGUGAUCUCAAUAAUUCCCUUCAUUUUUGUUGGUUUUGCCGGGUUUAUCCUUAAACACUGCGAAAGCUCACAGAGGGGUCUCUACACAAUCUUCUUUGCUGGUGUCAGUGUUGUUGGUUUUGGUUCAUUCUUUUAUCAUCUCAACCCGAAAAAUGACUCACUAUUUUGGGAUACAUUGCCAAUGAUGGUCACUUUCACAUCUUUCGAGGCCAUUUUCAUUAUCGAAAGGUUUGAUGAUUUGGCAGGAACAAAGUCGUUUGCAUCAACGAGCUACUGGCUAUGUGCAGCAGGAUUUUACGUUCUUGCAAGAGUACAAGAGGUUGCAGACAAAUCAAUUUAUACGUGGACACUUCAUAUUGUCAGUGGGCAUACUCUUGGUCAUUUAUGUGCUGCAAUGGUGCCUCUUUUUUAUAUUCUCUUGUUAGAGAAAAGGACAAGGCCAAUUCAACCAGAAAGGCACAUGAUUCUAGUGCAUCAUCAAUUAAAGCUUGCUUUCAUGGUCUGCUUAUUGGUGCCCAAGAUGAUCUGCCUAUGGAUGCCCAAGUUACAGGUUAGUGCCAUAAUGUAUGAAAUCAGCAUUUUGAUGUGGGAGUUCAGUGCUCGUUAUGUGGCUAAUCAGGCAAAGACCUCUGAAGAGCGAGGAAUGUUAGAAACCCCAAUUCGUGCUCGGCAAAUAGUGCCUCGUGUUCGCGGCCUUUAUGGGAUGGACAUUUAUAAGAAUAAGGUCUUAGAAUUCUUACAAAGUGAACGAUCUGAUGAGUCUAUAUUUGGAUUAUGGGGCACGUCGGGUGUUGGCAAGACACGGCUUCUUUCACUCAUCGCUGAUAGCUUUGCCGAUUCAUUUCAUCACGUCAUAUUUCUUGAUGGUGGUAGUAGCGUCAGAGUUAUGCAAAAUCAUUUCGCAUACUUUUUGAAAUUGGAUUGGGAGACAAUCUCAUUGUUGGAGGAGCAUUACCGAGCUAAAAUCAUCAUGGAGUACCUAGAGCAUGUCAGUUUUUUGGUUCUGUUAGACGAUGUGCAAGAUGAAGUCUACCCAGAUUUGACAGCUGUUGGUUUGCCGAUGGCUCUUGGGCAUAGGCAAAAGGUUAUUCUUACGUCGAGGAGUCAGGUAGCAUGUGCUCGCAUGGGAUGCACCAUAUCAAACACUCUGGAGAUGAAGUGUCUCGGGGAUGAAGAUGCUUGGAGUCUUUUCGAGUAUAAUGCGGGAGUAAAAAUCACAGAAGCUGAUACUGAAAUUUAUGAAUAUGCAAAAAAGAUGGUUUCAGCAUGUGGAGGGUUGCCUAGAGCCAUAUGUGCUAUUGGCAUAGGCGUAGCCGGUGCCACUUGCAGGGGAAAACAUCCAGAUGAUUGGUGGUUUACCUACAAGCGUUUCAAGGCUAAAAAUCUGCCACCGGAACGAAUGGAAGAAAUAGUGCCUGUUCUGGUUUAGGCAACUUGUGCGUGGCUCCUAGGAGCUGUGGAGACUUGGUUGGACUUCAUUUCUUGUUGCUGCCGCAAUGAAGUGUUGGAAGAGUCCAGAUGGCGGCAGUUUGAUGCUUACCUGUGAAUAUGGUGUGAUAUGUUUGAUGAUAUUACUUUUUCUAGUAUGUGUUUUCUUGACUUGUCAGUCUUCUGAUGCAUAAACACAGAGAGCAGAACACCUUCAUGCUCCUUAAGCACUCCGGGCAGUUGGCCUUUUAAAAAUUGUAUUAUAUAAUUGGGGCCGUCCGAUCUCCUAUCAACCGUCCGAGAAUCGCUGCCUUGGUAAACUGACGCCUUACACGCCAUCGGCGUUGGCGUUGACGUACGAACUCGAGGUGAAGCACAACGGUCGCCCUUCCCCGGCCAUGUUCGUUGUGAUCGCUGAUGGCUGUUCGUCUGAUAUGCCAACAACGUGAGUUAAAUUGCAUCUAUGGUCCUUGUACUAGUUGCAUCUAUGGUCCUUGUACUAGUUGGCAUGUAACACAACGGUCCUGCAAUUCUGUAAAAUGCUCCAAUAUGGUCCUCGAA